CUCCUGUUCGUUCCUCCAUCCCACAGUAAGCUCUAGCUUGUUUCAGUUAGCUGUUCCUGUUGAGUUAUUGCUUCAUGGAGGAUAAGAUUACUCUCAGUUUAACUUCGUUCUUUGAGUGAAUCACAGCCUGGACCUGAGUCUGCAAUAAAGCAGAAUCCAAUCAGGUGCACGGCUCACCCGGGUGAGCACCGUUGAGGAUGUAUUUGUUUCUGGUGUUGGCCACGCUGAUGGUCGCCAGCUCCCCUGGGGCACUGGGCUACCUUUCGGCGGGCUUGAAAGACCAGCUGCUGUCGGACGUGCUGAUGCGCGAGAUAGUCGACCGGAUGGGCAAGGACAUCGCUGAGGCGGCCGACUCGUACAUCGACCCAAUGGACGAAUUUCCCGGACGUCUGGCUCUGAUGGCUCGGGCCAACAAGGAUCUGGAAUCGGAGCAGUUCGAUUACGAUGCUUUGCUGGACGGAAAUCCGAAUCCAUCGCCGAGGGAUCAGGAAUAUCUGCAGCACAGCUCGCUUUGGGGGCACCAGUACGUUUCCGGAGGUGCCGGAGAGGGUCCGCAUCGUCCGAAACCACAAGUGAAAACCGAUGCUGGGUUGCCGGCUUAUUGCAAUCCGCCGAACCCGUGCCCGGUAGGAUACACCGAGGAUCAGGGAUGUACCAUGGACUUCGAGAAUACGGCCGCCUUCAGCCGGGAGUACCAGGCCAAUCAGGACUGCAUGUGUGACGGGGAGCAUAUGUUCAAUUGUCCCAGCCAGCAGCAAAACGAAGCCGGAACGCAAAUGGACUCGGAUCUGGAGAGCUUCAUCGCCCGGCAGUUUCACACCCAGGAACACAAGAGCUUGGUCGCGAAGAAGUUUCACGCGAAGAAGAGCUCCAACCCAUUUCUUCAAGGCGAGAAGCUUCCGAUAGCGGCCAAGAAAGGUCUUCACGUAAAGCACUAAACAGUAUCCAGCUCACACUGGAAAAGAGUUCCAGUUCUAUCAAGAAGAACUGAUCUCAUACAUCCCGUUGCCAUCAAAUUUUGAGAAGACAAGUCCCCCAUCUAAAAUCUUUGAAGGAAAAUGCCAACAUCUCCAAUGAAAGUGACCAACUAUAGGGCAGCCAGCCGCUCUUAGCAUUCUCAUAUGGAAAUUCUCUUCGGAUUUUAGUUGGGAACAUUAGUCGAACAUUUUUGGAGGCAUCGGAGACUACUGGAAGACUUGGAUUCACGUGACGGAAUUGGACACUCUCUUCAUCUGAUCGGGUACUGAUGGCAAAACAAAUCAAAAGCACACGAAAAAACUGAAAUCUGAAUCCGGACUACGGCACAAGUACAUCUUAGGUAUUUAUAUAUUCACAGAUGUGUUGUACAUUACGAUCAAAAUUAAUCACGGCUAGAAGAUGAAAAAAUAUUGAACUCUAACAUCUGUUUCGAAAAAUUUUCAGGAAUAUCUACUGUAUGAUUUAUUGGAUUAGUUGAACCUUUGAAGUUUUUAGGGAAAUGAUAGAUUUUUUCCCCGAUUUAGUUUCAUUCUUACUUGCCCCCCAAAUAUUAUAAUGUAAAGUAAAAUUUCAAACUAUAUCAAUACUUUAACAAAACAGUAAAUUAUCAAACGCUACUGGUGCACGCUGAGAGAGAUCUCAGAUGAGACGAUGGAUUGAAAAACAUUUUAUCCAACAGGUUUGUGGAAAAAAAAACAUAACCGUACUCUUGUUCUUACAAUAUCGUAUUUGCCGGAUAGUAUAUUAAAUGUACCACAGUUUUACCACUUCAAGUGAUAUGUUUAUCCAAUAAAUGAUAAAAAGCCGCCAAUCAAGAAAAAACGCAAACAUGAGUUGAAAUAUAGCGUCGGAUGAUAGAGAUAAAUGUGAAUGGAAUCAAUUAAGAAAGUAGUUAAAAACACUUGAAUUCUUUUCAUUACUGAUUUUGAAACUUAAAAGAGAGGAUAUUACAUGCAUAAAAUAAAAAAAAAACUUAGAUAAAGAAGCCCCAAAUUCUGUUAUGCUUUCGAUUAGUUGUACCAACUAAGUUGCGCUCAUGCUGAAUGAGACGAAAACUUUUCGUUGAACUCAGCAUGUAAAGCCCAGAUCAACUCAACACGAACUUGCAAAAGCUUUCAACAGAUUGAAGAACCUGUAUUUUCGAGAACCAACUUAAGCGCUGACAAAUUGGAAGCGUUACGCUAAGCUUUUCUUCAGCGCAAAGCACACGUUUUCAGUAACGCAUGAAUGUCACGCAAGUUUUUUCUUUGCUUUGGCAUAUGGGUUAUUAUGAAAAAAGAAUCGGAAGCUGCUACGAAAGAAGAGAAAAUAAUUUUAUUCGGGUAAUAAACAUCAAUCAAGGAAAUCUGGUAGCUAUGAGCAACACCCUUUACAAGCAAAAAUGUAGAAAUUUGUAAAAAGCUUCAUCUUUUCAACAUUUUCUGUAUAAAUAGAAACAAAAAAUAUGGACAUUAAUUUUUACACUAAAAUCUCAAUGUAAAUUGAUAUAAAACUGAAUUAAACCAACAAUAAAAUUGUAAUAAAGGUGAACUGUCUUCACACAGAAAGUGCAAGGAAAACUCUUUAUACAAAAACAAAACAUCAACAAAUCGACUGUCAAACUAAAAUGAAGAUAAUGUGCAAGAACAACAAAAACCAACAGAGAAACAAUACAAGAAAAGUGAAAAAAACGACCACAACCAAGUCAACUCAAACGGACUAGAAAUUUGACUAUAACUUCUUCGCGCGAGUGUGUAUGUUUGGGAAAACAAAAAAAAACUGACUGGUGGUGUGAAAAAAAUAAUCAUGCAACAAUGUGUGUUUAGGUGCCCAAAUAACAAUCAAUCAAACAAAAAAUCCAUUAUGGCAACCAACUCAACUGUCAAUUCAAUCUUAAAAGUGGAAUAAAAAAGACAAAUUUCACACCGCGAGUCAGUCGAGAACGUACUUAUCCAAAUAACAAACAAACUAACAACAAAAAUGAAAAGAACCUACACCAUCUAAAAUGAGCCAAAAACAAGGAAGUCAGGCUUGAGCAAAAAGUGUGUUUCAAAACCAAAUCAAACAAACGGCUGAUACUACUUACUCUUAAAUUGUAUCAAAUAAUCAGACAAUAUAAGACACGGAAACAAUGCCAAACGAAGAAAGAGGGCGCAGUUUGAGCAAAAUAUGUACAAUUGAAAUUUCCCAAAACAGAAAGAAGCAUUUACAUCGAUAAAUACUAACGAGAGAAAAAAAAAACUCUCAUCAAAUCAAUACUUGAUAUCUGUUAACGCUACAAAAUAGCUUGACUUAAACAAAUCCAAUACAUUGAAUGUGGAGCAAAGCAGUGCAUUGACAACAACCAACUGGAGAGAAAUCUUUGAAUCCACUAAAGAGAGCAACAUCUAUGUCCUAUCGUAUUUUCCACGAGAAGUAUUAUUUCGAAUGAGUCAACAAAUGUUUGGUUCCUCGAAAAACACCCCCAUUUUAAAACUUAAAAAUUGAUUAUUUUUUAACGAAAAACCAAAAACACAUAGCGUAUUCUUGUAACUAAGAGAAACAAUCGCAGAAAAUGAAAAAAAAAAUUAAAAGUAUUACACUUGAAGUGCAGUCACACACCAACAAAACACACAACAACUUCAAAACAUACACGAACAAAAACAAACAACACAACUGCGUUGCGACAGGUGCAUAAAAAUAUAUUUCUAUUUAUCAGAACCUUGUCGGUGAAAUUCAAAACAGAUGAAGUAUAAUUAUGUAAACUUUUAAUCUAUCUCAAGCAAGUCAACACACAAUUAUAUACAUAUACAGUACACGUACCAUAUUAUAUCCUUACACAGAGAUAUAGAGAAAUAAAUAUAAAAUCACAUGAGUGUAGUAUUUCCGCA